AUGCGGCAACACCUGAUGCAGACGCAACCCAUGGUUGCAGCUUAUUAUCCCAACAAUGUUACUACUGUACAUAUUCAACAGUACCUCAACGAGAACAAGGCGUUGAUCUUAAAGAUUGUUGAGAGCCAGAAUUCCGGAAAAUUGAGCGAAUGUGCUGAGAACAUAGCAAGGCUGCAGCAAAAUCUCAUGUACUUGUCCGCAGUUGCAGAUUCUCAACCGCAACCGCCCCCACUUCACGCUCAGGUACAAGCUCAACCGAUGACGCCGCAUUCACUUAUGGCCUCACAGGCUUCGAUGUUGUAUGCUCCGCAACCAUUUUCAGCCCUGCAACAGCAACAGCAAGCGUUGCUCAGUCAGGUUGGCAUGAGCUCCGGCGGAUGCACAGGCCAUAACAUACUGCAAAGUGAAGCUAGCACUGCAGGCGGCAGUGGAGGAGCACUCGGGGACGCAGGGUUUCCGGAUUUUGUGCGUGUCUCUUCUGGAGUAGGCAUGCUCCGUGGAAGCAAGCUAGAUAUGGGGAGUUCCGUCGUGCCACCCGAAGGUCAGUAGGAUGAAAAGGGUGAAACCCUUUACUAAAAAAACAGCUGAUGAUGGGAAUUGAGAGUUGGUUAUGGAGAUGGAAGUAUUA